AUGCCCAAACCGCCCUUCAGCAAUAUUACACAAAAGUUAGGGAAUUUAUUGAAUAUUUGUAAAGAUAUGUGCAGGAAGGGUUAUAAUUGUUACUAUAUAAAAGAAAAAGAAAAUGACAAAGGUUCACAAGAAGAUGUAAGAUGUCAUAUAAAAAACAAGAUAAACAUAAAAAGAAAUGAAGAGAAAGCGGAAAAAGGAGAAACACUUGAUCAAAUGGAAAAAUUAUUACUUGAUUUAACACAAGGGAAAUAUAAAGCAGAAAAACAUUAUGUGUAUACAAUUGAUGGAUAUAGAUUAAAUUUAUAUAGAAUUGUAAAUAAUAAUAGUGAAAAUAUAAUAAAUGAUAAAGUUGUUCAAAAGGAAAGGAUAAAUGAACAAGUAUUUGAAGAAGAUAAGAAAGAAGUUUUUUGUUUAAAUCAUGGGUUGUUUGAAUCGUCUAUUAAUUAUACAUGUAAAGGUUAUAAUUCUUUAACUUUCCAAAUCUUCUCAAAUAAUCAUGAUGUAUGGAUAAGUAACAACAGAGGGAAUAAUUUCACACAGUACGUUGGGAAAAAUAUAGCUAUAAAUAAAUUAAGGGAAAACUACACAGAGGAAGAUUUAAGAGACUUGGGUCUUAACAUAAAAAGUGAUCAAAUUGAAAAAGAGAUGAGAAAAAAAAAAAAAAAAAAAAGAAAAAAAAAAGAUAAUAAUAUAAAUCAAUGUGAUAAUAAAAAUAUGUACCAUUUUAAAAUUUUGCAUAAUUUAUUUUUCCAAACAAUUAAAUAUAUAUAUCCAAAAAAAAAUAACUUCACAUAUUAUAUGAAGAAUUUUUUGAUGAGGAAGUAUUUAUGUAAUUAUCAUAUGAAUAGAAGUAAUAAGAAUUGCUUCAAUCAUUAUGAUAGAGAAAAUAUAGAUCUACACAAGAAAAAAAAAAUAAUAAUAAUAAAAAAAAAAAAUAAUAAUAAUAAUAAUAAUAAUAAUAAUAAUAAUAAUAAUAGUCAUCUCAUUUUUAGGCCCUUGGCUGAUAACAAUUUUUUUAAUAUAUUUGUUCGUAAUAUAAACGAAAAGAAAAAAGGAAAUAUAUAUUUUAAGGCCACACAGGAAAGAGAGGAUGCUAAUAUUAAGCGUGGUGGUACUUUGGGUUGUGAUAAAAUUAAAGAAAAAGAAAGUUCUGAAUAUUUUGUAGAUAACAAAAAAUUAAAGAACAAAAGUUCUAAUUUAACAGACAAUUGUGAUAAUAAGAUAAAUAAAUAUGAUUACAACGAUGAUGAUAAUGAUGAUAAGGAUGAUGAUGAUGAUAAUGAUGACAAUGAUAAUGAUAAUGAUGAUAAUGAUGAUGAUGAUAAUGAAUACACAUUUGAAGAUAUGAGUACAAAAGAUUUACCUUGCAUAAUAAAAUACAUAAAAAAUAAAACUAAAAAAGAUAAAAUAAUAUAUGUUGGUUUUUCACAAGGUAGUAUUCAGUUACUUAUAAGUUCAUGUUUAAACGAAUAUGUACGAAAAAGUAUAAAACGAUGUUAUUUAAUGUCAUUACCUAUUAUAUUAAGAAAUAAAUAUAAUUUAGAAAUCCCUAUGAAAUUUUUAUUAUAUAUUUCUAAAUAUUACAGUUUUGUUUUUAAAGGGAAAUCAUUUUUUCAGCAUAUGAUACCAUAUCACAUUAGUACAUUUAUUAUAAGUAAUUUGGCACAUAUAAUAGCACAUCAUGUUUUUAAAUAUUAUAAUGAAAAUAUAAAACCUGAAGAAAAAAAAUUAUUCUUUUAUCAUACCCCUAAUGGGUCCACAUCAAAAGCAAAUUUAACGAGAUGGGCAAAAGCAUUUAAUACAUGUCCCGUUACAAAUGUUCUAGAAAAAUAUCCACAUGAAUGUGCAUUUCCAAUAACAUUAAUAUAUGGAAAUAAAGAUACUAUUAUACACGUAGACAAAUCCAUAAAAUAUAUGAACAAGAUUUUCGACAGAAAAAUUUUAAAAAUAAUUACAGUGCCUAAUUGGGCACACUUGGACCCUUUAUGGUCUGACAAUGAUGGGAUAGUAAUUUCUUGUAUUUUAAAAGAUAUAAACAGAGGUGAUUAA